AUGGCGGUGCCGCUGCCAGAGUUCAUGCGGCGCGCCAUGACGGUGCACGACUACAUCAACGAGUCAUUGCCAGACACGUCGCCGCAUCGAGAGACUCUGAUGCACAUCGACGAUCAGCACUACUACGUCAUGCACAUGUCUCGUUCGAACCUGACAGACUGGCACGGCUACGUGGGCUACGGGGCGAACAACAUGAUGGUCGUGCGGUUCAAUUGCCUCAGCGGCGCGAGCCAGGACGGCGGCCCCAAGCUCACGGACGUUCCGUUCAAGAAAGACCACGGUGCCGUUCAAGAACGGUCGACCCGCAUGGUGCCGAAGAAGAAGUACAGGUGGGAGGCUCAGUCGCGGGCGCAGUCCCACGCGCGGGACGACCAGGCGGACUGGCUCGACGUGGAGAACCCGUGGGACGACGGCCGCGGGCGGGCCCUGCACACGUUGCGCUGA